AUUCGAUACAAAAGCGGUGGCGUGAGCCCCUGAGACGUCACCAGUCUCCGCCUUGAUUUAUAACAAUCAAUUGUUCGAUGCGUUUUCUUCCAAAAAAAAUCCCAAUCGAUGGCUGGAUGGUUCUCUGGCUGCGAGACGCACAGCACGCAGGGGACGCCAAAGCAUCUGGACACCUGAGACUAGGGGGGAACAAAAAAACAAAAACAUCUUCACUAAAUAUUGAUUGUUUUUUUUCUCGUGUGAAGAAUGCGUCGCACCUCUGCGUGGAUUGGCUGCUGGGCGCUGUGUCUUUGCGCAUCUUUGACCGCGAGCGCGCAGGACACUGCCGAGGAGGACGAGAUGAUUCGGGACCUGAUCCACGAGGACGGGACUCUACCUGAACACGGAGCCGGACCCGCUGCCGAGGUCGUCACGUGCAACAAGGCAGCGUGGCGCAUGCCCGGUCAGUACCUGGUCAUUCUGCGAGACUCUCACGUCCAGAAAACCAUCAGGAGGCUGAGAGCCAGAGCGGCCAGGAGAGGAUACACGCUGGAGAUCCUGCAGACCUACUCUGGAGCGCUGCACGGCUUCCUGGUCAAGAUGAGAAGUGACGUCCUUCACCUGGCUAUGAAGCUUCCACAUGUCCAUUAUAUCGAGGAGGACUCUUCCAUCUUUGCUCAGAGUGCCCCCUGGAACCUUCAGAGGCUACUACAGCCCUACGGUGGCACGACUGAAAACGGAACAUAUCGACCUCCCAAUGAUGGAGGGAUGACGGAGGUGUAUUUAAUGGACGGCCGUGUUCAGAGUUCUCACAGAGAGUUUGACAGACGGGUUCUCGUCACAGACUUCAACAACGUUCCCGAGGAGGAUGGCGUCCGAGUUCAUAGACAGGCCAGUCAGUGUGACAGUCACGGCACACACAUCGCUGGGGUUGUGAGUGGGUCAGACUCGGGUGUUGCUCCAGGUGCUGGCAUUAAGUUGGUGCGUGUGCUCAACUGUCAGGGGAAAGGCACAGUAUCAGGAGCUCUGGCAGGGAUGGAGUACAUCCGAGCAAACUUACUGGCCCGCCCCCUGGACGCAGUGGUCGUUCUGCUGCCUUUCGUUGGCGGAUUUAGUCGCUCGUUGAACGCCGCAUGUCGGGAUAUGGUGGCCAACGGAGCCGUCGUCAUCGCCGCUGCGGGGAAUUACAGAGAUGAUGCCUGCCUCUACUCGCCUGCCUCAGAGCCAGAGGUCAUUACAGUCGGGGCAGUGAACGCAGCAGACCAGCUCAUGUCACAGGGGGCGGGGGGCACCAACUUUGGCCGCUGUGUUGACUUGUUUGCACCCGGCGAUGACAUUGUUAGUGCCAGCAGUGACUGCAGCACCUGCUUCACGACCAGGAGUGGAACCUCCCAAGCUGCUGCUCAUGCUGCAGGUGUGGCAGCAGUGAUCCUGUCGUCCAAUCAGGACUUGUCACCGGUGCACGUCCUGCAGACGAUGCUGCAUCGCUCCACCAGCAACACAAUCAACCUCCUCCCUCUGUCCGACACACAUCGUCUCACUACUCCGAACAUGGUCGCAGCUGUGCCUCCUGCUGUCAGCACAAAUGGGGAGCUCCUGUGUCGGUCCGUGUGGUCAGAGAGGUCAGGGGUCGCGAGCAGCGACAGCGUGGUCAGCCUCUGUCGUCAGGGAGAGGAGAUGAUGAGCUGCAGGGGCUACGCACCUGAUGGUGCUCAUGGCGGAGAAACCAUCUCUUUGCACACUGGGCAGAUGGAGUGUGUCGCAUAUAACGGUGCGAGGGGCAAAGGUGUGUUCGCCGUGGCUCGGUGUUGCGUGAAAAAUGGUCUGCGGUGCCAAGUCCACGCCAGUCGUGAGCCUGGGAAACACGCGGAGUGUGUCGAUCCACAGCAUCACCUGACCGGAUGUACGUCUCUGUCUUCUCCCGAGGUCUCGUCCGACUCCCGUCCUCGUCUCAGCGAUGGGAAGAGCUGUGUCGCGAGAGACGGAGCAACACCGCAUGCCAUGUGCUGCCGCGCUCCGUCUCUGGAGUGUCGCCUGAUGGAGAAAACAUCAGCUGAUGGUGAAAGCCAUGUGGACGUUUCUUGUCCCUCUGGUUGGACUCUGACAGACUGCAGUGGCGUCUCUCAGGGCCCCGACGUCUCGGGGCCCGUCGCUCAGGGCAACAGUUGCCGCGUCCGUGGCGGAACAGCCGCCGCUGGGGUGACGGGCGUUGCCGUUUGCUGUCGCGUCAGAUCACAAGAGCAGCCCAGCACAGAGGAAUAAUCCGCUCUCACGCCACAGAGAUGUCUGCAACCUGAAACACAGCUCAGACACCUGUGUGUGUGUGUGUGUUUGACAACAUUUUCACUCAUGACUUAAAAGUUCUUCUGUUUCACUUGUAGUAUUAUGUCUUAAAAUAAAGUGUAUUUAACUGCCCCAGACAUACAAAUGUAACCUCACCUUGUUGGAUAUUUCAAACCACAUAUCACAUACAGAUUGUGAAAUUAAACGUCUUUUGUAAUCUUUUUUUUU